GCCUAGAGUCUAUGAAGCCUAAAGUCUAUGAAGCAGAGAGAAAGGGGACAACAUAGGAGUUAAGAAAUGGAGGUCUCUCAAAAUCUCUGGGGCAAUGAGGAGUGUUUUUGAGAGAGGAAUGACUCUUUAAAGCCAUCAUCUUAUCAGGAGGCUGAAGGAGGAUUCUGUGAAUUUGAGACCACCCUGAGCUUCCAAGUUGAGAACUUUAUCUACCAACAAGCAAGGCAGCCUCAGCACUUUGGGAAGUUCAGUCAGAUUCAGCCCAGCUUGUAGCUGGAAAAGCCGAAGGCAGAAGACAAAUCUCAAAGAAAUGCACUGUGCUUACUGGAAGCUCUGGAGUAAGUUACAGGGUCUCAUGGACUCCGGGUUCUGUCAGUUUAAGUAACAGGAGGUGGCAGGGAAAAGAGAGACGUGCACUGCUGCCCAGCCUUGAGGCUGUGUCCUUAAGGGGUGGAGCCAAGGGACACAGAAGACUUUCUGGGGCAUGCCACCGAAUGAGAGCAUUUCCAAUCACACCCUGAGCCAGGAACAGGGGCUUCGGGUUCCCUGCUGGUGACUGCCACAGAAGUCCUUAGGAACUCUGCCUUCCUUUUGGGUUGGCCAACAAAGCAGUGAGGUAAACCCUGUAGACUCGGGCACUGAAGUGCUCCAGGCAGCCUCCAUGUGCCUACCCAUCCUACCAUCCUGCCCUCUCAGGCACCUGACCCACCUGAGAACCGGGAUGUGUGCCCUGCUCUCCUUGCUCCUGCUGGCCUCGGUCUUCACACCAGGCCAGACCACGUGGGGUGUCUCCAGUCCCAAGGAUGUGCAGGGCUUGACGGGAUCUUGCCUGCUCAUUCCCUGCAUCUUCAGCUUCCCUGCCGAUGUAUCAGUGCCUAAUGGCAUCACAGCCAUCUGGUACUAUGACUACUCGGGCAAACGGCAGGUGGUAAUCCACUCAGGGGACCCCAAGCUGGUGGAUGAGCGCUUCAGGGGCAGAGCUGAACUGACAGGGAACAUGGAUCACAAGGUGUGCAACCUGUUGCUCAAAGACCUGAAGCUUGAAGACUCAGGCACCUACAACUUCCGCUUUGAGAUCAGUGAUGGCAACCGCUGGUCUGAUGUCAGAGGCACCACAGUCACUGUGACAAAUAAUCCCAGUCCCCCCACUAUUACCAUCCCACAUGAGCUGCGUGAAGGUGUGGAGGUGAACGUCAACUGUUCCACACCGUACCUGUGCCUGCAGGAGGAGCAGGUCAGCCUGCAUUGGCAAGGCCAGGACCCCACCCGCUCCGUCAUCUCCAACUUCCAGAGCCUCGAGCCCACUGGCGUCUACCACCAGACGACCCUACAUAUGGCCCCAUCCUGGCAGGACCACAGACGGACCCUGCGCUGCCAGCUGUCAUUGGCCACACACAGUAGUCAGAAAGAGGUUUAUCUACAAGUGCAGCAUGCCCCCAAAGGUGUGGAGAUCCUCCUUAGCUCCUCAGGAAGGAACAUCCUUCCAGGGAACCUGGUCACGCUCACCUGCCGGGUGAAUAGCAGCUAUCCUGCCGUCAGUUCUGUGGAGUGGGUCAAGGAUGGAGUGAGCCUCACAGCCAAGGGGCAUGUGCUCCAGCUAUCCUCAGCAACCUGGAAUGAUUCUGGGGUCUACACCUGCCAAGCAACAAAUAAUGUGGGCUCUCUGGCGUCACCCCCACUCAGCCUCCACGUUUUUACGGCUGAAGUCAAGAUGAACCCAGCAGGGCCCAUCUUGGAAAAUGAGACAGUGACACUCCUCUGUAGCACCCCCAAGGAGGCACCCCAGGAGCUUCGCUACAGCUGGUACAAGAACAACAUUCUUCUGGAAGACGCCCAUGCCCCAACCUUGCACCUGCCCACAGUCACCAGGGCUGAUACUGGCUUCUAUUUCUGUGAAGUGCAGAACACCCAGGGCAGUGAGCGCUCCGGCCCAGUGAGUGUGGUGGUCAGAUAUCCACCUCUUACUCCAGCCCUGACCACCUUCUUGGAGACACAGGCUGGCCUUGUGGGCAUCUUCCAUUGCUCUGUGAUCAGCGAGCCCCUGGCUACUGUGGUACUGUCACACGGAGGUCUCACAUUGGCCUCCAGCUCUGGAGAAAAUGACUUCAACCCCCGAUUCAGCAUUUCCUCUGCCCCCAACUCCGUGCGCCUAGAAAUCCGAGACUUGCAGCCAGCGGACAGCGGGGAGUACACAUGCUCAGCCACCAACUCCCUUGGAAAAUCAAUGUCCAGCCUAGACUUCCAUGCUAAUGAUCCCCCAAGAAAGCUCACAUUCACUGCCAGGCUGGAUUUGGAUACCUCUGGAGACGGGGAUGGACGGCGUGGCAUCCUCUUGUGCCAAGUAGACAGUGAUCCCCCAGCCCAGCUACGGCUUCUCCACAAAGGUCAUGUUGUGGCCACUUCUCUGCCAUCAAUGUGUGGGAGCCGCUCCCAGCGCAUGAAAGUCAGCAGAGCCUCCAACUCACUGCAGGUGGAGAUCCAGAAGCCGGUACUAGAGGAUGAGGGCAUGUACCUGUGUGAGGCUAGCAACACACUGGGCAACUCCUCUGUCUCAGCCUCUUUCAAUGCUAAGGCUACUGUCGUGGUCAUCACACCGUCAGAUACACUGCGUGAAGGCACAGAGGCCAGCCUAACUUGUAACGUGACCCAGGAGGUUGCCGUCAGCCCUGCCAACUUUUCUUGGUUCCGGAAUGGAGUGCUGUGGACCCAGGGACCACUGGAGACUGUGAGGCUGCAGCCUCUGGCCAGGACUGAUGCUGCCGUCUAUGCCUGCCGCCUCCUCACUGACGAUGGGGCUCAGCUCUCGGCUCCUGUGGUCCUAAGUGUGCAGUAUGCCCCAGACCCUCCAAAGCUGUCAGCCCUCCUGGAUGUGGGUCAGGGCCACAUGGCUGUGUUCAUCUGCACUGUGGACAGCUAUCCCCUGGCUCACCUGUCUCUAUUCCGUGGGGAGCGCCUCCUGGCCACCAGCUUGGAACCCCAACGUCCAUCCCAUGGUAGAAUCCAGGCCAAGGCCACAGCCAACUCCCUGCAGCUAGAGGUCCGGGAACUAGGCCUUGAAGACUCUGGAAACUACCACUGCGAAGCCACAAAUGUUCUUGGAUCAGCCAACAGUUCACUCUUCUUCCAGGUCAGAGGAGCCUGGGUCCAGGUUUCGCCAUCACCUGAGCUCCGAGAGGGCCAGGCUGUGGUCCUGAGCUGCCAGGUGCCCACAGGGUUGCCUGAGGGGACCUCAUACCGCUGGUUUCAGGAUGGCCGCCCCCUCCAGGAGUCAACCUCAUCUAUAUUGCGCAUUGCAGCCAUAAGUCUGAGGCAAGCUGGUGCCUACCAUUGCCAAGCUCAGGCUCCAGACACAGCUACAGCCAGCCUGGCUGCCCCUGUCAGCCUCCAUGUGUCCUAUACCCCACGUCACGUGACACUCAGCGCCCUGCUGAGCACGGGCCCUGGGCGAUACGGCCACCUGGUGUGCAGUGCACAAAGUGACCCUCCAGCUCUGCUGCGACUGUUCCACCAGAAUCGCCUCGUGGCCUCUACCCUACAAGGCCCGGAGGAAUUGGCAAGCAGUAAUCCCCGGCUGCAUGUGGCUGUGAGCUCCAAUGAGUUGCGCCUGGAGAUCCAAUUCACAGAGCUGGAGGAUGGUGGGACCUACACAUGUGAAGCCACCAACACACUGGGCCAGGCAUCUGCUACAACUGACUUCGAUGCCCAGGCUGUGCGUGUGGCCGUGUGGCCCAAUGCCACUGUGCAAGAGGGGCAGCAGGUGAACCUCAGCUGCUUGGCGUGGAGCACCCACCAGGACUCACUCAGCUACACAUGGUACAAGGGCGGCCAACAACUGCUUGGUGUCAGAUCCAUCUCCCUGCCCAGCGUUACAGUUUCAGAUGCUACCUCCUACCGCUGCGGUGUGGGGCUCCCUGGCCACACACCCCAUCUCUCCAGACCUGUGACCCUGGAUGUCCUCUACGCUCCCCGAAGCCUGCAGCUGACCUACCUCCUGGAGAGCCAGGGCCGGCGGCUGGCCCUGGUACUGUGUACUGUGGAUAGUCGCCCACCUGCCCAGCUAACUCUCAGCCACGGUGGCCAGCUCCUAGCCUCCUCCACUGAGGCUUCCGUCCCCAACACCCUGCGUCUAGAGCUUCAGGACCCGAAGCCCAGUGAUGAGGGGCUCUACAGCUGCUCUGCCCAGAGCCCACUGGGCAAGGUCAACACAUCCCUGGUGCUUCGGCUGGAAGGUGUACGAGUGAGGAUGAAUCCCUCUGCUACCGUACCCGAGGGGGAGCCUGUCACGGUGACCUGCGAGGACCCUGCUGCCCUCUCACCUGCACUCUAUGCCUGGUUUCACAAUGGCCAUUGGCUUCAGGAGGGACCAGCUUCGUCACUCCAGUUCCCGGUGACGACACAGGCUCAUGCUGGCGCUUACUUUUGCCAGGUGCAUGAUACUCAGGGCACGCGGAGCUCCAGACCUGCCAGCCUGCAAAUUCUCUAUGCCCCCCGGGAUGCUGUCCUGUCUUCCUUCCGAGACUCCAGGACAAGGCACAUGGUCGUGAUUCAGUGCACCGUGGACAGCGAGCCACCUGCUGAGCUGGUUCUCUCCCGCAACAGCGAGGUGCUAGCUGCCAGCCGUGAGCUUCACAGCUCAGCACCCGGGAUAAGCCACGUCCAGGCAGCCCGGAAUGCUCUUCGACUACAGGUGCAAGACGCGACUUUUGGCGAUGGCAACACUUACGUUUGCACAGCCCGGAAUACACUGGGCUCCAUCAGUACCACCCACAAGCUUCUGAGGGAGACUGAUAUACGUGUGACAGCUGAGCCAGGCUUGGAUGUGCCAGAGGGCACAGCUCUAAACCUAAGCUGCCACCUCCCUGGUGGCGCCCAGCCCGUGGGCAACUCUUCCUUCACGUGGUUCUGGAAUCGCCAUCUCCUACAUUCAGCUCCUGUGCCCACACUCUCCUUCACCCCUGUGGUCCGGGCUCAGGCUGGGUUGUACCACUGCAGGGCUGAGCUCUCCACUGGGGUUACGACCUCACCUCCAGUCAUGCUCCGUGUCCUCUAUCCUCCCAAGACUCCCACUCUCACAGUGUUUGUGGAACCUCAGGGUGGCCACCAGGGCAUCCUCGACUGUCGAGUGGACAGUGAGCCCCUGGCCAGCCUCACCCUCCACCUGGGCAGUCAACUAGUAGCUUCUAACCAACCGCACGGCGCUCCCACCCAGCCCCACAUCCGAGUCACUGCUCCGCCCAAUGCCUUGAGACUGGACAUUGAGGAGCUCGGACCUAACAAUCAAGGGGAGUAUGUGUGCACGGCCUCCAACGCUCUGGGCUCUGCCUCAGCCUCAGCCUACUUUGGGACCAGAGCCCUGCAGCAGCUGCAGCUGUUCCAGAGGCUGCUCUGGGUCCUGGGAUUUCUGGCAGGCUUCCUGGGCCUGCUGCUGGGCCUAGGGGCUUGUUACAGCUGGAGAAAGAAGAAUUCUAGCAACCUGAAUGUGAACGAGAAUUCAGCAGAGAUGGCCACUCAGAAAGAUAAUAUCCAGGAGGAGACGGUUGCUGCUGUCUGACAGCUCAGGUGCUGUGAACAAGGUCCUGCCUACCUCUGUAUAAGCAGCACAGAGACAUCUGGCUUUCCUGACCUGCCUGACUUGCCCUCCAAGCCUCUUGUUCCUAAGAAAAAAUGGAUGAAGGGAGGUUUGGGGAUGGAGGUCGAUCUGCUGCCUGCAGGGCUCUGAGACUGACUCAGCCAUGUUGCCCAUGUGUGGUUUUCCUUUGUAUCCCUUCGCCUUUCUCUUCAAGGCUCACUUUGGGACUUUCUUGGUGGGUUAGAGCAGCAUCCAUGUCCUCGUGGACUUUCUGAGACCAUCUGUACCAGCCAAGAUAUAUGUCAGGCUGCUCUAACAGAGACUCAAUACAGCGAGCACAGCACGACAGAGUCUUGGUUUUCUCUCCUGGUCUGGUUAUGCUGGUGACUUUUCUCCAUACCCCAAGUGUUGCCUUUGAUUAUGAAGCUGAGGUGACUGCAGUGGCCAUGGACCCUACAGUGAAAAGGAAGAGAGAGGGGAAGCAUGCCCAUCCCCAUGGUCCAUGGACUGUAUGCAAUUGCACCCCACCCACUUCUCAUCAGCUAGAAAUUGGUCACGUAAACACACUGUACAGCAAGGGAGACUGGGAAAUAAAGUUUUUUAUUCUGAGUCUUGGCUACACUUGGAUCCUGUCUUUCUGAAAGAUCCCAACUGUGGACUCAGCCCCAGGAAUUUUGAUGUUGAAGAGAGUAGCAUUAUCAGGCUAGGGUCUGAAUCGGUGUCCUGGGACAUUCUAUUUCAUAGUUUCCUGAAAGGUACACUCUCCCUUACAUUUUAAACUGAGGAAGCCAAAAUUUUGUGGUUCCUAGAUGUCUUACUUAUCGUUCUUUUGCUGUGAGGAGGAGACACUAUGACCAAGUUAAAUCUUAUAAAAGAAAGCAUUUAGCUGGGGGUUUGCUUACAGUUUUAGAGUGUUAGUCCAUGAUCAUCAUGGUAGGGAGCAGGAAGGGGGGGAGGGAGAGGAGGAGAGGGAGAUAGACAAAUAGAUGAUAUAGUAGGUAGAUAGAUGAUAGAUAGAUAGAUAGAUAGAUAGAUAGAUAGAUAGAUAGAUAGAUAGAGACAGACAGACAGACAGACAGACAGACAGACAGAC